GAUCUACUUCGUUCUGGUUCAUUCGUUCUCUUUCUCCUUCAUUGUGAUUCACUCGUUCUCUAGUUAGCAUUGUUCUUGUUCACUCAUUCCAGGGUUGCCAUUGUUCUCGUGUACUCGUUCAGUCGUUCCAUCAUUGAAGUUGUCGUUGAGGUGGUUGUUGUAGUUGAGGUGGUUGGGUGAAGAUGUUCUUCAGCGUCACUGGUGGCCAUUGUUGAAGUUGUUUGUAAUGUGGUUUCUUUCUUUCUUGAAUCAUUCUCUUCACUUCUCUCUUUGUAUUGAAGUUUUUUUUUCACUUUGGGAGCAAAUGUUCACUUUGCGUUCCUCUUCAGCGUUCUGUACUAGCAUUUUCAAGACCAGACACGUCAACACCAACGUUUGCAGCGAUUCGCGUUUGCGGACCUGUUCUCUCCCCUACAGUCGACAACGCCUGCGGCGGACCAUCGUAUAGGGAAACGAUGGAUUUUGUGACGGUGAGGAAACUAUGAGUGGUGACUUACCUACUCUGGAAAUGAAACGAAAACAAUGGGAGGAGAAAGAGGUAGUGCAGAUUUGAGACUAUCACUUUCUACGGUGUGUCUCUGUUCUGAAGUUUCAGGAGAUGCACAGAAAAAUUAUAGACAGAAUGAAUGGUCGGAUGAAAGAGGUCAGCCCUUCAUAAAUUAAUAAAUGUACAUAUGUUAGAAUCCUAUAAAGAAGCAGGGAUUGGAUUUGAAGCUAAUGUUCAAUAACUUACCCCUUGGUUCUCUCUGUCGUUUGGCUUCUUCAAGAUGAAGUUGAUCCUAUGGUCUCUGUCAUGAAGGUUGAAGGCACAUUGGUGGUCUAGAUGCCCAGAUACAGGAAAUUAAAGAAGCAGUUGAGCUUCCAUUGACACAUCCUGAACUGUAUGAAGACAUUGGUAUCAAGCCUCCUAAGGGAGUCAUUUUAUAUGGAGAACUUGGAACUGGGAAGACAUUACUUGCAAAGGAUUAUUAUGGUUCUAAACAUGGAAACUAUAAUAGCUGAUUUUGAGAUCAUUGGGAAUCCGAAACCACCCUUGGAUUCAGAUUUACCAGGUGUGAGGGCUAUAGCAGAUAACACUGUGGAGAGUUUGGCCAGGAGUAAUAAUACUAGUAAUACUAUUAGUAACUCUGCUGCUCAAAAUGCAAGUCAUGAUAAAGCCCAGAAUUUCAGGCCAACAAUUCAACCUCCAUACCAACCGCCUCCUGUUUACAAAGGCCGUGGUGCAGUUAUGAAAAAUGAGGCGCCAGCACGCAUCAUUCCUAUAGCUGCUUUAAAUCCUUAUCAAGGUCGGUGGGCUAUCAAGGCAAGGGUAACUGCUAAAGGUGAUCUGCGCCGCUACAAUAAUGCACGUGGUGAUGGGAAAGUCUUCUCAUUUGAUCUCCUGGAUUCUGAUGGAGGUGAAAUACGAGUAACAUGCUUUAAUGCUGUUGUUGAUCGAUUCUAUAGUGUAAUUGAGGUUGGUAAAGUUUACAUGAUAUCGAAAGGUAGCUUAAAACCUGCACAGAAGAAUUUCAACCAUUUGAAGAAUGAAUGGGAAAUUUUUUUGGAAUCAACUUCAACAGUAGAGUUGUGCCCGGAUGAAGAUGAUUCUAUACCUAGACAGCAGUUCUCAUUCCGACCUAUCAGUGACAUUGAGAAUGUUGACAAUAACUCCAUCCUUGAUGUUAUUGGGGUUGUGACAUCUGUGAACCCUUCUGUUCCCAUCUUGAGGAAGAAUGGAAUGGAAACCCAGAGAAGAGUUUUGAGUCUAAAAGACACUUCUGGCAAGAGUGUUGAACUUACCCUGUGGGGAGAAUUUUGCAAUAGGGAAGGGCAACAGUUGCAAGAGAUGGUAGAUUCUGGGUUUUUCCCUAUUUUAGCUGUCAAAGCAGGGAAGGUGAAUGAUUUUAGUGGAAAGUCGAUAGGCUCUAUUUCUACCACACAGCUUUUCAUAAAUCCUGAGUUCCCUGAGGCCAAUAGCUUAAGACAAUGGUUUGAUCUAGUUGGAAAAGAUUCUGCUUCCCUUUCAAUUUCUAGGGACGUUAUUCCUGGAGGAACGAAGAAUGAGGUUCGUAAAACUGUAUCUCAAAUCAAGGAUGAAGGUUUGGGACGAUCAGACAAGCCAGACUGGAUAACAAUAAGGGCAACCAUAGCAUUCAUCAAGACUGAUACAUUUUGUUACACAGCUUGCCCUCUGAUGAUUGGAGAUCGACAAUGCAAUAAAAAGGUGACUAGGUCAGGAAACACAAGAUGGCAAUGUGAUAGAUGCAAUCAAGAAUUUGAGGAGUGUGAUUACCGAUACCUUCUCCAAGCUCAAAUUCUGGAUGGCACAGGAUUAACUUGGGUAACUGCUUUUCAGGAAGCAGGUGAAGAGAUUAUGGAGUAUUCAGCGAAAGAUCUGUACUUGUUGAAGCAUGAACAACAGGAUGAUGAGAGGUUUGCAGAAGUACUCAAGAGCCGACUCUUCAAACAGUUUAUGUUUAGGCUGAAAAUCAAAGAGGAAUUAUAUGGCGAUGAACAGAAGGUCAAGAUUACUGUAGUUAAGGUAGAUAAGGUGAAUUAUUCUUCAGAGAGUCAAUACAUGCUUGAUUCGAUUUCCAAGUUUUGUAGGAAGUGAUUGUAGCUUGGUUUCAGCUUCUUUUAGUAUUAUUGAGAACCAUGCAUAUAGUGUUAGUAUUCAAGCUUUGCAAAGAAUUAAUCAUUAGUCAUUACUGACUGAGUUACUACGUCAUUUGUAUGCCCAUUGCAGAGAUAUAGAUUUAGAUAGUAUCAAUUCGUGUUUGAAUUUCCUGUUUCUUCUUUUUUGUGUGUGGACGUGCCUUUAUAUCACGCGGGAUAUAUUCAUUGCUCCUUGUAUUACCUCAUAUGACCGUGUAAUCCCACUAUUUUCGAAUUAUUAAUCAUCAAGUAUCCUACUAUCUGAUUCAUUCUAA